CUGGAUGACACAGUGCAAGGACUACUGAAACGCUGUGAUGGAGAUUGCGGGCAGCCUCCGGAGGAGCCCAGGCUGGAUGCCACAGGGGCGGAGUCAGAGAGCGUGUCUGUCCUAGGGCAGGAAGGGCCGGAGAGGAGAGAGACAAUCCUGUCCCCCGUUACUCCUCCUACCUCCUGGAAACCUGGCGGCCUCGUGCUGAAUGAGCCGGCCCUCUCCUUCUUGGCUACCUUGGCCAGCAGCAGCAGUGAAGAGAUUGAGCUGCAGCUUCAGGAGCGCAUGGAGUUCUCCAAGGCGGCCGUCUCCCGGGUCGUGGAGGUCUCUGACAAGAUCCACCGGCGCACGGAAGAACUCUGCCAGAAGAUCCACGCCCGUG